CAAGCAAUUACUGAUUAUCUUAGUAAAAUUGGGGAGUUGAUUAAGGAAACCAUUCCUAAAUAUUGGGAAGGAAUUGAUUUUAUGGAACAUGUUUUUUUGGUUCUUACUAUACCAGCUGAAUAUUCAGAAAAUGAUAAGGCUAUAAUGAGAGAAUGUACAUUCAAUGCUGGAUUAAUUAGCGACAAACGUUCGGAAAAACUGCAAUUUACAACUGAACCUGAAGCUGCAGCAAUCUACUGUAUGUAUAGUAGCUUAAGAGAACACAGACUUGCAGAACCCGGAACAACUUUUAUGAUUGUUGACUGCGGCGGUGGCACAGUAGAUUUAACAACACGUAAACUAUUAGAAGGAGACCAAUUAAGUGAAAUCACUGAACGAGCAGGAGACUUUUGUGGGAGUACUUUCAUUGAUAAAGAAUUUAUUAAAUUACUUAAAAGUGAAGUUGGAAAAUCAGCUAUGGAUUUGUUUAGUAAUAAACAUUAUGGUCAAUUGCAAUAUUUAGUUCAUGAAUUCUGCCAACAUGUUAAGUUACCAUUCAGUGGAAAUAAUCAAGAUUUUAGUUAUGAAAUUGAUCUUGAAGAACUUGCUCCUGCAUUAUUACAAUAUGUCACUGGCUCAGAAAAAGAUUUGAUGGAAGAGAAAGAGUGGAUGAUUACACUUGAUUUUAAUACCAUUAAAUCCAUGUUUGAUCCUAUUGUUGAUAGAAUUAUUAAAAUGAUUCGGAGUCAGCUCGAUAAUUCUAAAAAUUGUUCAGCAAUAUUCUUAGUUGGAGGUUUCGGUCAAUCCAAAUAUUUACAGAAAAAAAUUGAGGAAAACUUUGGCAAAUCGGUAGAAAAUAUCUCAAUUCCGAAUAAACCUAUUGCAGCAGUUGUAUGUGGUGCAGCAAUCUACGGAAAAAGUUUACAAGGAUCAAAAAAUUUGAGUAAAUUAAAUAAUUCAAAACGUGUUAUUGCAACUCGCGUAUUGAAAUAUACGUUUGGAAUUAAAGUAACUCCUUCGUGGAAACCUGGGGACCCACCGGAACGACGCAUAUCUGCCGGGAGAAUUCAAAAAUUUCACCGCAUUGCGGAACGUAAAACUGAAGUUACAGUUGACCAAGAAUUUAAAAUUGAAGAUUUGCUUCCUGUUCUUCCAUUUGCAACAAAAAUGACUUUUGAAGUAUAUUAUACUAAAGCACAGAAUGCUGUUUAUUGUGAUGAACCUGGUAUGGAACCGCUUGGAGAAUUAAUUAUAAAUCUUCCUGAUAAGCACUUAGGACUUGAUAGACCCUGUACACUUAGCUUAUUAUUUGGUGAUAUGGAAAUUAAAGCUAAAGCAUUUAAUCAAAAAAAUGGUCAAAAUUAUCAGACUACUUUCGAACUUAAAGCUUUCUAGGUCAUUAUUUUUUACAUAUGUAUACCAGAUACAUACAAUCAUGAG